GGAACGGGAAGUACCGAGCUACCGCUGCCGCCGCCUUUAAGUACCGCGUUCGCCGCCUCGGUUACUACUCGCUCUGUCGCCGAGGGACCUGCUGCAGCCGGGUCGGGAGUGGAGGCGGCGCGGCAUGAAGCGGCGCAGGCCCGCUCCGUAGCACCGUCGGGACGGUCCGGGCGGGGCCGGGGGGGAAGGAUUGGAUGGUGAGAAAAGGAAAGACUCCUAUGAGAAGAGACCAGGAUGAGCAAAGGGAGCUAUACUUGAAGUUGAGUCACUUGAAAAAAGAUCUCUUUGAAUGUGGAAGAGAUCUGAGCAGAUGAAAAUACAAUCAGGAAAAUGCAACAUGGCAGCAGCAAUGGAAACAGAACAGCUGGGUGUUGAGAUCUUUGAAACUGCAGAGUGUGAGGAGAAUAUUGAAUCACAGGAUCACCCUAAAUUGGAGCCAUUUUAUGUUGAGCGAUAUUCCUGGAGUCAGCUUAAAAAGCUGCUUGCUGAUACCAGAAAAUAUCAUGGCUACAUGAUGGCUAAGGCACCACAUGACUUUAUGUUCGUGAAGAGGAAUGAUCCAGAUGGGCCUCAUUCACACAGGAUCUAUUACCUUGCUAUGUCUGGUGAAAACAGAGAAAAUACACUGUUUUACUCUGAAAUUCCCAAAACCAUCAACAGAGCAGCAGUCUUAAUGCUUUCUUGGAAGCCUCUCUUGGAUCUCUUUCAGGCAACACUGGACUAUGGGAUGUAUUCUCGAGAAGAAGAACUGUUAAGAGAAAGAAAACGCAUUGGAACAGUUGGAAUUGCUUCUUAUGAUUAUCACCAAGAAAGUGGAACAUUUCUAUUUCAAGCUGGUAGUGGAAUUUAUCAUGUAAAAGAUGGAGGGCCACAAGGAUUUACUCAACAACCAUUACGGCCCAAUUUAGUGGAGACUAGUUGUCCCAACAUUCGGAUGGAUCCCAAAUUAUGCCCAGCUGAUCCAGACUGGAUUGCUUUUAUACAUAGCAAUGAUAUUUGGAUAUCCAACAUUGUAACCAGAGAAGAAAGGAGGCUCACCUAUGCGCACAAUGAGCUAGCCAACAUGGAAGAGGAUCCCAGAUCAGCUGGAGUUGCUACCUUUGUUCUUCAAGAAGAAUUUGAUAGAUAUUCUGGCUAUUGGUGGUGUCCAGAAGCUGAAACAACUCCCAGUGGCAGCAAAAUUCUUAGAAUUCUGUAUGAAGAAAACGAUGAGUCCGAGGUGGAAAUUAUUCAUGUUACGUCCCCUAUGUUGGAAACGAGGAGGGCAGAUUCAUUCCGUUAUCCUAAAACAGGCACAGCAAAUCCAAAAGUCACUUUUAAGAUGUCAGAAAUAAUGAUUGAUGCUGAAGGAAGGAUUAUAGAUGUCAUAGAUAAGGAACUAAUUCAGCCUUUUGAGAUUCUGUUUGAAGGAGUUGAAUAUAUUGCCAGAGCUGGAUGGACUCCAGAGGGAAAAUAUGCUUGGUCCAUCCUACUAGAUCGCUCCCAAACUCGCCUACAGAUAGUGUUGAUCUCGCCUGAAUUAUUUAUCCCAGUAGAAGAUGAUGCCAUGGAGAGACAGAGACUCAUCGAGUCAGUACCUGACUCUGUGACACCACUGAUUAUCUAUGAAGAAACAACAGACAUCUGGAUAAAUAUCCAUGACAUCUUUCAUGUUUUUCCCCAAAGUCAUGAAGAUGAAAUUGAAUUUAUUUUUGCCUCUGAAUGCAAAACAGGUUUUCGUCACUUAUAUAAAAUCACAUCCAUUUUAAAAGAGAGCAAAUACAGACGAUCCAGUGGUGGGCUGCCUGCCCCAAGUGAUUUCAAGUGUCCUGUCAAAGAGGAAAUAGCAAUUACCAGUGGUGAAUGGGAAGUUCUUGGCCGGCAUGGAUCUAAUAUCCAAGUUGAUGAAGUCAGAAACCUGGUAUAUUUUGAAGGCACCAAAGACUCUCCUUUAGAACAUCAUCUGUAUGUGGCCAGUUAUGUAAAUCCUGGAGAGGUGACAAGGUUGACUGACCGUGGCUAUUCCCACUCUUGCUGCCUCAGCCGGUAUUGUGACUUCUUUAUAAGUAAGUAUAGUAACCAGAAGAAUCCACAUUGCGUGUCCCUUUACAAGCUAUCCAGUCCUGAAGAUAACCCAACUCGAAAAACAAAGGAAUUUUGGGCCACCAUUCUGGAUUCAGCAGGUCCUCUUCCUGACUAUACACCUCCAGAAAUUUUCUCUUUUGAAAGUACUACUGGAUUUACAUUGUAUGGGAUGUUGUACAAACCUCAUGAUCUACAACCUGGAAAGAAAUACCCCACUGUGUUAUUCAUAUAUGGUGGUCCUCAGGUGCAGUUGGUGAAUAAUCGGUUUAAAGGAGUCAAGUAUUUCCGCCUGAAUACCCUGGCCUCUCUGGGUUAUGUGGUUGUAGUGAUAGACAACAGGGGAUCCUGUCACCGAGGGCUUAAAUUUGAAGGCGCCUUUAAAUAUAAAAUGGGUCAAAUAGAGAUUGAUGACCAGGUGGAAGGACUCCAGUAUCUAGCUUCUCAAUAUGAUUUCAUUGACUUAGAUCGUGUGGGCAUUCAUGGCUGGUCCUAUGGAGGAUACCUCUCCCUGAUGGCCUUAAUGCAGAGGUCAGAUAUCUUCAGGGUUGCUAUUGCUGGGGCCCCAGUCACUCUGUGGAUCUUCUAUGAUACAGGCUACACAGAACGUUACAUGGGUCAUCCUGACCAGAAUGAACAGGGCUAUUACUUAGGAUCUGUGGCCAUGCAAGCAGAAAAGUUUCCCUCUGAACCAAAUCGUUUACUGCUCUUACAUGGGUUCUUGGAUGAGAAUGUCCAUUUUGCACACACCAGUAUAUUACUGAGUUUUUUAGUGAGGGCUGGAAAGCCAUAUGAUUUACAGAUUUAUCCUCAGGAGAGACACAGCAUAAGAGUUCCUGAAUCUGGAGAACAUUAUGAACUGCAUCUUUUGCACUACCUUCAAGAAAACCUUGGAUCACGUAUUGCUGCUCUGAAAGUGAUAUAAUUUUCACCUGUGUAGAACUCUGGUAUACACUGGCUCUUUAACCAAAUGAGGAGGUUUAAUCAGUAGAGAACAUAGAAUUGAUCAUACAUUUUGGUACCUGCCAUAUAACAUCUACUUCUGAAAAUAUGUUUGGUGCCAUGCGGUCAUUUAGCUAUGGUUAAAAAUCUAGUAUCUUAACCAUACACACACAAAAUUGAAUGACACCUAUUUCUAAGGCACCCAGCAAUACCAUGAGAAUUACUGAAAGAAAUAAAACCUUAGCACCAUGUAUCCAUACUACCUUAUUUUCACUUUUUAAUAGCAUUAUAAACCUCAUGAACUUAAUUAGUGUAUUUUGACAGUAUACUUCUGAGUUUGUUAAAAUAUGAUGGUAUUAGUGAUUGGUUGGUUCAAUUCCAGAAACUCUGACUAGUUACAGAUUUGGUAGCACUUAAAUGUAAUUGAAUAGCUUAUGCUUCAUUGCUUGGGGUGUAUCCAGCAUGUUAUGAACUAAUCACUAUUAAACCUACGGCUUGACCAGUCAUUUAUGAUUUUCAAGGAUUACUUAGUGACCUCCUAAAGACACUUAUUUUGUUUCAUUCAAGCUCUGACCAGAUUUUAGCCAAUUAAAACUGUAUUUAGUAUAAAUAGUUCUCUUGGAUGAUAUGACAGAGUGGGUUUCUCCUUUCACAUAAAGGCAAGUAACUGUAUAUGUAGCAUGGAUUUAAUUAGUCUUAUAAUACUGAUAAUUACAGGCAGAACAUUUUUAAUCAAAUGAUUAGAGCUUAAAUAUUUGCAGGCAAUUUCCUUUAGGAAAAGGAAGAAGUACAUAUUCACUUGUAUUCUUCAGAAAAUUUAGUGGUGCCAGUUUCCAUUUGGGUAUUUUCUUAUUAAAAUGUUCCAAAGUUUUAGGGCAAUGAAAGAGAAUCGUGGUGGGGUGGGGGAAAUAGGGUGUGGAGAGUGACAGGGAGAGCAGAAGGUGAGGAUUUGCUUAAGAACUAAGUAGGAAUAUAAUUUGGCCAAAAAUACUCAUGAAAAAGUUUGGGAAGUGAAAUUUAAACUCCUAGAAUGUUAGUUACAGAAGUCAGAAUUAAGUGACUCUCUUGCCAGUACAUUUAAAGACUAACACUCAGGGAAGAAAAGUUCCUUAGAGUUACCUUUAUAAUUUAAUUCUAAUUUUUUUUCUUGAUUUUGGAAACCUUAACGAAUUCAAGCUUUCUUUAUCCUUUUUCAAAUUCUUUGAGCAUAAUUUAGACACUGUGAGCUUAAAAUGAAGAGGUUUCCUGACAGCCUCUAGCGCAGCUGAUCGUCAGGAAGCUCGGCUCUCUCCUCCAGUGCUCAAAGCACGUAAGCGAUCGUGCUGAACGGCCAUGACAUUUUCCUGGUGUAGCCCUGGCACGUGACUAUAUGGGAGCCCAUAGGCUUUCAGGUGCUGAUUGGGAUCUGUCCUCUUAGAAACUUGGGGCGCUAGAUGUGAGUCUCAUUGGAGCUAGUGCGAGAAGGCACCUAGGAGUUUGACCCUUUUUAAUCACAAGCCCUGGUAUUUGGAACAUGUUACCAGUACUUUUAAACACUUCAAGAAAAAUUUCUCUUUUUCAUUCUCACCACUACAGAUAGUAGAUUAUUCCCCCAGAGAGAGCACAGCCUCCAUUAGUAAGAUGGUGAUUAUGCGUCAGAGGUGGGAGGAAGUCCAGAAAUGGCAGGCUGACCUGGUGGUUCUGUCCUUGGGAAAGGGAUUGGGUUUUGCUCUUUGUUUAUUUAUGUUGUAUAAGAGGUACCACAGUUUUCUUCACUGUCUGUAUAUGUAUUGAUUUUCUUGUUUAUAUUUUCCCAUUCAAAGAUUUGUUUAUAUUUUUUUCAAUGUUAAAUUAAAUUGAUUUGGGUAACUUUUCUUCCCCAAGGAAGUAUUUUCCCCCAUGACUUAAGUAUAUAUCUGACUAUUGAAGGUGGUUUUUGUUUGUGGACUAGUUGGCCUCCAAGAAUCUAUCCUUAUAUAAUAUGCAAAGUAAAACUGGUAUACACUGGCUUUUAGACAGCUACUCAUUUGAAACCUCCUACCCAUUAAGGCUCAUUCUUCAAAUUGGCAUGUCUUAUUUUUACCAAAACAAACCUUAAAGAACAUCAUGUACCCUUGAAUUCACAUGUGUUUUUCUUUUGCAUCAUGCCUUCUCCUUUCCUCUUACCACAACUCUAAUUCCCAGUCCCUUAAGUGCCAUUCUCCUUCUACAGGGGGGAAAAAAAAUACCUGACUGAAUUCACAUGCGGAAAGAUGGCUUGGCUGAAUUUGGUUCUUAAAACUGAUACAGGAAACAUCAUAGUCAAGUCAAGCAAUCAAUUAGUAGAGAUCUCAUCUAAAACUAUUUGUACCCUGUCUCUGGGCAACAACUUAAAAGCAAGCGUAUAUAAAAGUACUAACAGUUUUGGUGACAGCCAAAGAGCACUAGGCUAAGCAUUAAAAUGGUUGCAUGUGAGCAACCCUUAACAGGUACAGUUGCUUGUAUGUUGCUGAACAGUGGAACUCAAAACCUAAGAUUCAGCUGGGGUGCUUGCUUGCUAAAAGAAAUGCAGGCUUGAACCUCAUUCUUAGAAAUCUAGGUUCAGUUGCUUUGGGUGGAGACCAGGAAUCUGCAUUUCUAACAAGCUUUCCAGGUGAUUCUAAAGCAAGCCAUUUGUGGGCUACUUUAAGAAACUCGUUUGUAGAGAAUGGAGUUGGAUUAAACAAACAAUGGGUGAUUUGUACACUGGACUGAUUUACAAGAACCUAAAAGAGUAAUCAAGACAGCUGCUCAUCUGUGAUAACUAUCGGCCCCUUCUCACUCUGAGAGAAGCAGAAUGUACCAUUAACUGUAUAUCCCUUUUCAUUUUGGAAUGAAGGUGUUUUUCCCCCAUGCCCUUCCUGGUUGUUUCCAAAGCAGUAUGAAGUCACUAUGCAGGCAUUACCUUUUAAAGGAACAGGGUACAGAUAUUGAGGCUGUCUUCUUGCUACUUGUUUUACUCUUUACAGAGUAUUUCCCACCUCUUUGUAGACAUCGUUCUCUCUUUAGUUGGAAUGAUUGCUAUAAGAUCUCACAUUAUAGAAUUGUAAAGUUUUCAAGCUAUUAAAUCUGAUAUAAUAUUAUCAUUUGUUAGGGGAAGAACCUACAUACAGAGAGAGGAGAAAAUACACCCAUGGCCGCGCAGCCAAUUAGUGGUCAGUUGAUACUAGAUUCCGCCCAGAUGUCCUAACUCAUGGUAGUUAAAUGAUAUGUAGAAAAGGCAAAUUUUUAAAGAAGUAUUUAUUAAUAUAUUCCUAUGAAACAUUUUAAAGAUAACAUAAAAUGGUUAAUUUUUCCAUUCUAAAGUAAAUGCUAAGCAUGCUUAUUAAUGAAGCAGUUCUAAUUAGUAUAUUGACAUUCUGAAGUUAAUUAAAACUGUUACACUAAAUGUGUCUUCCUUGGUAUGGCAGGGGACGUGGGGAUUGGGAUAUAGAAUAGAGCACUUGCUUAAGCCUCGGAGCCCAACUUAUAUAGCUGUUUGAGCUAAGAGACAAGACAUGCUGUAUCUGAACUAACAUGUAGGUCCAUUCCCAGUAGACAAAGGAAUAAGGAAACUUCCCUAACGCGACCUUCCCAACCCUACCCAGUCUCACCUAUCCAUCUUGUGUCCUAAAAUGUAGAGACAUGUUAAUGCAGGGUGCUGGCUCCUGCUUUUCUUACUUUGUCAAGAGACAGCUCUGGGUAAUUUCAGAAGUCCCUCACAGAGAGAAAAAGUAGUGUUUGUAUGUUUGUUUUUAAAUAACCCAAAUACAAAUUUAUGUUGUAUUCUGCACAAUUGGAGUUCAGGUAUUUAAUUUUAGAACAUGAAGUGCCUGCUGUCUUAAGCAUUGACUUGUAUGAAAAGAAUUGCAUGUCUCACUCCAGUAAGUUUAUGGGUUUUCUCAUUUUCAGCUACAUGGCUUUUAAUAAUGUAAAGUGAAACAUUAGUUUUCUUGAAUUUUAUUACAGGUUCUUUGUUGCAAUAAAGAUGCUGCUAAAAUUAA